AUGUUUACACGUUCUUUCAACCGCCUAUUCAAAUACGACCGCGUUGAAAGCCAGAGUUCAGAAGAUCAGACUCCAUACCUCGAUGGACCCGAGAAAAGCCAUCACCCUCCACUCUAUCCUGGCAUUGAGACGAAGAGCGCUUCUAAAAAGUUCUCAUUUUUCCCCAAACUGGGUCUCAUCAUUCUGCUGCUUGCAACGGUUGCAGCCAUCGCAGCGUUCACCAUCCCCACAAAACCGUCCUACAAGACCCUGGACUGCGGUACCACCACUAACGAAGCCCGCAAGCGCGGCUGCAUCUACAGCGUCGUAGACGGCCAAUGGCUCCCCGCUCCAUGCUACGACAAAGAAAUGGACGACGAGUUCACCAGCGUGCCGUGGAAAUACUGGGCGCACAUGAACCGCUCCGUCGAAAUCCAGGCGCAGGAGGUCAAAAUGGGAGAAAGUGGGUUCUGGGUAGAUGUGGACUGGCACGUUGCGCACUGCAAGUUUGUCAUGAAGAUGGUGCGCCGGCAGUUUCAGCGGGCGACGGGGAGUGAGAAGGAUGUGGCGUGGAAUCCGUUUAGGACGGACGAACAUCAUUGGGAACAUUGCAUUUCGUAUUUGAAUGCGAGGGUGGUGCUUGAUCCGGACCUGGUGGAUUCCCUGAUCAAUUUGGACUUUGGCGAGUAUUAUGUACAGCACAAUGUGGUUCCCAGGCCAGCUGUCAGCUUGAGCGAACUGUAA